ACAAUUAUUAACGGGAUAUAACCCCUCUAAGGUUGUGUUCCGGGUCGACGUAUGGAAGGGUAUUUGUUUUAACAUCGACAACCCGGCAAAUUAGCACCGGUUGUCUGUCUAUUUUUGCUCUGAUGCCCUUACAGAAUAACUUCCUUAACCCCUCUGAGGGCUCGUUUCCAUCUCAGCAGCGACCAACUGCUCAAAUCGAGAUGCAUCUCGAAAUUCAUCCGGACAAUUUGAGUCCAUCGUCUUCACCCGGGCAAACGGGUUCGAUGGCCGUCACAUCGUCGUCCUCUUCAGACCUGUUAACUGUGCAUCACCAUGGACCGCCACGAACAUCACACUCUCUGGACGGGGAAACGCUGCGACCCCGUUCUUACUCGACUGCAUCCAGUGCAGAGACGGUCGCGAACUCAGAGGCCCCGUCUAUAACGGCACCUAUCAAGCCCAAAAUCUCCUCCACAUCCAUCCUAGAAGAGAUUGAUGAUGUGCCGUUGUCUGAAGCACUGCAGCCAGACCGACACAAUCUUGAAGAUUUCGAAGUGCAAGAUAAUCGAUUCCCAUUCUCUCCGGGCCAGCUAAAUAAACUGCUGAACCCCAAAUCUCUGGCCGCCUAUCAUGCUUUGGGUGGCCUCGACGGCUUAGAGAGUGGCCUUCGCACAGAUCUUAGGGCUGGGUUGUCGAACGACGAAACACAGCUAGAAGGGAGAUUGGUAUACGAUACGGGGAAAACAAGCUUCGUGAACAUUGAAACUGUCAAAAGUGCCGAGGGGGCAGAUAUACCGUUCUACGACCGAAUACGGGUAUUCAGCCAGAAUAGGUUACCGGCGAGGAAAACCACAGGGUUUCUCAAACUGCUAUGGAUGGCUUAUAACGAUAAGAUUAUCAUAUUGCUCACCAUUGCUGCCAUUGUUUCGCUUUCCUUGGGUGUUUAUGAGACCAUCGACGAGGGCCAUGGUGUGGAUUGGAUUGAAGGCGUGGCAAUCUGCGUGGCCAUUGCAAUUGUCACUCUGGUGACGGCUCUCAACGACUUGCAGAAGGAAAGACAAUUUGCAAAACUCAAUAAGAGGGUGAGCAUCUCCUCGCUUGCGAAUAACGACCGCGAGGUCAAAGCAGUUCGUUCUGGGAAAGUAGUGAUGAUCUCGAUCUUCGACAUCACAGUUGGGGAUGUCCUUCAUCUCGAACCUGGAAAUGCAGUCCCUGCAGAUGGAGUCCUUAUAUCCGGCCAUGGGAUCAAAUGUGACGAGUCCUCCGCAACCGGAGAAUCCGAUCAAAUGAAGAAGACAGACGGCUUCGAAGUAUCCCGGCGGAUUCAAGAUGGCACGGCUACCAAGAAGCUUGAUCCCUUCUUGAUCUCUGGUAGUAAGGUUCUGGAAGGCGUGGGGACGUACCUGGUGACAAGUGUUGGAAAAUAUUCCACAUACGGCAAAAUCUUGAUGUCGCUGCAAGAGUCAAAUGAUCCUACUCCGCUUCAGGUCAAGCUGGGUAAACUUGCGAAUUGGAUUGGAUGGCUGGGCUCAGGCGCCGCUAUUGUUCUGUUCUUCUGCUUAUUUUUUCGAUUUGUAGCUGACCUGCCUGGUAACCCGGCUACGCCAGCUAUCAAAGGAAAGGAAUUUGUUGAUAUCCUGAUCGUCGCUGUUACAGUGGUAGUUGUUGCAAUUCCAGAGGGCCUCCCCCUGGCUGUCACUCUAGCACUCGCCUUUGCCACAACUCGAAUGGUAAAAGAAAACAACCUGGUCCGAGUUCUACGGGCAUGUGAAACCAUGGGCAAUGCGACAGUGAUCUGCUCUGAUAAAACCGGCACCCUGACCCAAAAUAAAAUGACUGUUGUUGCUGGAACCUUGGGGUCGAGGAGUUUUGGCCAUAAUGAACCUGGAGAAGAUGCCGCAGCGGAACUCUUCAAGACAUGCCCAGGCUCGGCUCGUGAUCUCCUGGUCAAAAGCAUCGCUCUUAAUUCAACUGCUUUUGAGGAAGAAAAAGACGGGCUCAAGGAAUUCAUCGGAAGCAAGACCGAAGUAGCAUUGCUCCAGUUGGCCCGAGACUAUCUCGGCAUGGAUGUUGCCACUGAACGUGCUUCGGCCACAAUUUCUCAGCUGGUCCCGUUUGACUCGGCUCGCAAGUGCAUGGGCAUGGUGUACCGGGUAUCUGAGGGACACUAUCGCCUCCUUGUUAAGGGAGCUGCGGAGAUCAUGGCCGACCACUGCUCUACGAGAGUGGAGUUUGUGGGAACGGAAACGAUCACUAUUAGCAAGGCAACUACCGACAACAAGCAGCAGAUUCUUGAUACAAUUGAAUCAUACGCGAAAAAGUCGUUGCGCACAAUUGGGCUAGUCUACAGAGACUUUAAGACCCCCAGCUGGCCUCCAGCUAAAGCCCUGCGCAUGGUGGAUGACCCUGAGUCGGCGGAUUUCAAGGAUAUCUUCGGUGAUAUGACCUGGCUUGGAGUCAUGGGCAUCCAGGACCCUCUCCGGCCCGAGGUUCCUGCCGCGAUUGCAAAGUGCCAUCUUGCCGGUGUGCAGGUCAAGAUGGUAACAGGUGACAAUAUCGAUACUGCCACUGCCAUUGCCGAGUCAUGCGGUAUCAAAACUGAGGAUGGCAUUGUCAUGGAAGGCCCCAAAUUCCGCCAGUUAUCGGAAGAGAGAAUGGACGCCAUUAUUCCCUGUCUACAGGUUCUUGCCCGUUCAUCGCCCGAGGAUAAAAGAAUCCUGGUCGCGCGGCUGAAGAGAUUGGGCGAAACGGUUGCGGUGACGGGCGAUGGUACCAAUGACGGACCUGCCCUGAAGACAGCUGAUGUCGGCUUCUCGAUGGGGAUUGCCGGCACCGAGGUUGCUAAAGAGGCCAGCUCUAUCAUUCUGCUUGAUGACAACUUCAAGUCUAUUGUGACGGCGAUCGCGUGGGGUCGCGCGGUCAACGACGCCGUUGCGAAAUUUCUGCAGUUCCAAAUCACCGUCAACAUUACUGCCGUCGUGCUCACCUUUGUCUCAUCACUGUAUAGCAGUAGCAACCAGAGUGUCCUCAGUGCCGUCCAGCUUCUCUGGGUAAACCUGAUUAUGGACACGUUUGCCGCACUCGCCCUGGCCACAGAUGCACCAACGGAGAAGAUCCUUGCCCGGAAACCCGUCCCUAGGACUGCAUCGCUAUUUACCAUUACCAUGUGGAAAAUGAUCUUCGGACAAGCUAUUUACCAACUCGCCAUUACCUUCAUGCUUUACUUUGCCGGGGAACAUCUUCUUUCGAGCGUUCUCAGUUCGGAUCAGGCGGUGGCCGACAACCAGCUCAGCACCAUUGUCUUUAACACUUUUGUCUGGAUGCAGAUCUUCAACGAGUUCAAUAACCGGCGUCUCGAUAACAAACUCAACAUCUUCGAGGGGAUGCACCGGAAUUACUGGUUCCUCGGGAUCAACCUGAUCAUGGUCGGUGGCCAGGUCAUGAUCGUCUACGUGGGCGGCGAUGCCUUUGGCGUCACAGAGCUCACCAGCGCACAAUGGGGCAUCUGCAUCGCCUGUGCCAUUGGAUGUCUUCCAUUUGCCGUGAUCCUCCGUCUCAUCCCCGACGAACCAGUGGGCGUUGUUUUCAAUGCCGUGACCGCCUCCAUCUCCUUCGUCCUGGACCCUAUAGGCCGCGGACUAUCCGCCACUGGAAGACCAGUCAAGCGUUUUGCGAACCGAAUGGUGUCCAGACACAAGAGGAACAACACUAGCUCAGGAGUCCCUGAUGCACAGUCUCUGGAUGAUUGGAAGAACAGCGGGCGCCAUCUCUCUGGCGACGAGGAACAGCUUCCUGCUGUACCCCAAGUUAUGAUCACGACUCCUGAUAACGAUAUCUCAUACAGUAGAUGACUGGAAUUUUCUUUCUUGCUAUUUCUUUUUCC